UUGGCAUACUUAAUUCUGUACUUAUGUUAUUCUGUUCAACGUUUUAUAUAUGCCAGUGGAAGCAGCGAUCUCCCUGUCGCAGAUUGCAACCAUGUUGAAGCUGACUACGGCCUGGCUAAGCUCUGCACUUCCAGCAUUAUCCAUGAGAGGACGCGUCGUUUUCUUUGCACAAUUUUUCGUCGCCCCGGGACCCGGGUGAUCCUAUCACCUCGCAUGCCUCGCUUGGAUCGGCAACAACGCGUGCGGGAUGUGCCAUUUGAGUCCCAGUUUUUAUCCUUGAUGAUGAGGAUGAUGAUUCAGCUAGCGUAGCGUUGUUAACUUUUCCGUCCUUUGCAGAGCUGUGAGGCUGCCUGAAUUCAGCCAGAAGAAACGAAGGCCAUGAUUGAGCUACGUGCCUAACAUAUCCUAGGUUAGUGCAUAUCAUCUCUUUAAAAGUUCAAUCCAAUAUUUUUUAUUUGCGGGGAAGUUAAAUGACAAAAAGGCCGUGCUUUAUGGGAUUACGAGCGAGAGGCGAUUCUCCAGUAAAUUCCGCAUCCGCUGGUCUUCCGGAACUGGGCUAACUGUGAACCGCCCUCCCAUUAGAGCAAGUUUAAUAGUAUAGCCAAUUACUAGCUCCAAAUCAUCUAUAACCAAUGUAAUAGCUAAUUCAUACAAUAGUUGCUUACUACUCCUUUCGUUUCACAAUGUAAGUCAUUUUAGCAUUUUUCAUAUUAAUAUUGAUGUUAAUGAAUCUAGACACACAUAACAUCUAUAUAAAUGUGGGCAAUACUAGAAUGACUUACAUUAUAAAACGGAGGAAGUAUAUUAUUAAUACAUGGUUUCACCUGUCAUACACACAUUACGUCUUAGAGUCCGUGCUGCAACUGGCUACAGAUCUGUAGCCCGCUGCUCUUCUAUCUCUUCUUUUAUCUCUUUAAAAUAUGCUUAUAGCUGGCUUAUACCAUGCUAUUGUACCUGCCCUUAGCGCCCUGUAGUUAUACUUAUACAAAUUCUUUGGGUGGUAGCACUAGUUGGACUCGGCAAUGUUGGAGCUUUUCAUUUCUUUUUAAAGCUUGGAACUACGUAGUGCCGUGGUGCGCAUUGGUAGAACGGGGAGUGGUUCGGGAUCGUGGGGGCUCUCCGACCGCGUGCAACGUGCCAGUCCAACUCCAACCGACCCACACAAACACAACUUUCUACUCCACUACGUGACCAUUACAAGGACUCGUACCCCGUCCUCGCUCACUUGGGCCGUUCACCGCGCUGCCACCCGAGUCGGCGAGUCGCGGAGACGACGCCACCACGCGCCCCAAAAGUCCCCCAAAUCCACCACCGCUCGCGCCGCCCCCACCGUAAUCCCCAACCCCGAACGCCACUCCCCCCCGUCUCGCGUGAAAGCAACGGCCGCGAUACCCGUGGGGUUGGGUGACGUCUCCCGCGACCCGAUCAAAUCCUCCGCCGGUUCACCCGCCCGCCACCUGAAGGCCCGGCACGCGCGCGAGCCCGUUUUAUACGGGAACCCACUGCAAAAACGCCCCGCGUCACCACUGCAGCCGCGCGACGCGAGGGCGUGGCCCAACCCCAACCCCAACCAAACCAAACCGUCGCGCGCGCCACUCGCUCUCCACCUCCCCGCGAGUGCGAGGCCAUGAAGGGGAAGCGGGGCCGCGUGCGGCUCAACGUCGGAGGCCGGGUGUUCGAGACGAUGGCCUCCACGCUCGCCAGCGCCGGCCGGGACACCAUGCUCGGCGCCAUGAUCGACGCCUCCUGGAACCACGGCGGCGGCGGGGACGGCGACGGCGAGGGUGGCGCGGACGAGUACUUCAUCGACCGUGACCCGGAGUGCUUCGCGGUGCUGCUCGACCUGCUCCGCACGGGGGGGCUCCACGUGCCGCCCCACGUCGCCGACGGGGUGCUCUGCCGCGAGGCGCUCUACUACGGUCUCCUCGACCGCGUCCGCGCCGCGCGGUGGGGGCCGUUCGACGGGGACCGGCUGCGGCUGGCGGCGUCCGUGGCCGGGAGCGCCGCGGGCGACGGGACGGCCGUCCGCGCCGCGCCCGACGGCGGCUGCUGCGUCGCGCACGGCGGCGCCGUGCGCGUGUACAACUGGGUGAUGGAGGAGCGCCGGGCCGUGCACCUCGACCACGCGCCGGUCAACGACGCGGCCUACCUCGACGAGGCCACGCUCCUCGUCGCCGCGCGGGAGAGGCCCGGCACCGGCAGGCGCGACGGCGGCGUGGCGGCCUUCUCCGCGCUCACCGGCGACCUGCGCCACCGCUUCCGCGUCGCGCACGAUCGCCACGUCAGGUCCUACACCCCCGGGGCGCUCGCCUUCGACAGCCGGUGCAAGGUCUUCGCGAGCUGCAAGGGCCGGUUCAACGAGUACGGCAUCGGCGUCUGGGACUGCACCACCGGCGAGCAGGCCGACUUCUUCUACGAGCCGCCGGGCUGCGCGCUCGGCGACGCCGACAAGCUCCAGUGGCUCGACGGCACGAGCACGCUCAUGGCGGCGACCAUGUUCCCGCGGACGGACUCUUCCUUCAUCAGCCUGCUGGACUUCCGGGACAAGAAGAACGUCGCCUGGUCGUGGUCCGACGUCGGCACGCCGGCGUCGCUGGAGGACAAGCACGUGCUGCACGCCAUCGCGAUGGAGGACGGCCGGUCGCUCUGCGUGAUCAACCAGUACGACGACCUCGGGUUCCUCGACGUCCGGAGCAGCGGCGGCGCCGGCGGCGUGCGGUGGAGGUCGCGGAGCAAGCUCGCCGCCAGGAAGAAGAAGGCGGCGCCGCGCGGCGAGGAGACGUGCUACCCGAAGCUCGCCGCGCACGGCGGCCAGCUCUUCGCGUCGACCAACGACACCAUCUCGGUGUUCAGUGGCCCCGACCACGUGCUGACGUCGACGCUGCGGGGCAGCGACGCCGGCGCCAUCUGCGACUUCUCGAUCGGCGGCGACCGCCUCUUCGCCCUGCACAACGAGGAGAAUGUCGUCGACGUCUGGGAGACGUCGCCGCCGCCGAUCAUCUGACCUGACCAUCAUUGGGAUUGGUCUCUGUAACAAGAGAGGAGUGACAAUGAUGAUUACCGAACACUACUGACAGAGAAACUGGCAGAGCAACACGUUGUAACUUCUGUUAUCGGUAGGAGUAAAAAGUUCACGUGUCAUCCAAAUGGCAAAAUUGGAGUUUAGAAAUUACACAUUAAAUUAGAGAAAAAGAGAUAGAUGUGCACUGUUUGAUCGCGGUGAGUCGUUAUAACGGUGUAAUUUAUCGAUAUGCUUGUGUACAAUAUAAAAUUAAGUUUAUACAAACAAAAGGAAGGGUAUUAAAAUCUAAUUCAACUUAUUUUUGCUAUGUGCUGUGCGGGGAAAAAAACUGCUAAUUAUUACUAAAAUGUUUUCCUAGUAAUUACUACUAGAAUAGAGAUAUCAGUGGAAUGCUGUCAUUUUCAAGAAUCAGCUUUGUCAUUAUCCUUUGUCACUCCUGUUCAAUUGGUUGUGAUGUUAAUGAUCACCAAGCAACGAUUGUUGUUGCUGAGCCUUGAUACAUCAGUAGUCAAUUUUUCGGUGGUGCUCUGUCAAAAUCAUUUUCAUUUUCAAACUGUUGUGUCAGAUAGUUGCCGGAUGUUUCAGGGCUACAGUUUGCAAAUAUUUGAGGGCGAAAGAUCUGCUCUCCACUGAUUAUGAUGCCCCAAGAUGUCAUAAUCGUAUCACACCGUGAUUAACUUGUCUGUUUGUACCUUUUACUUGCAAACCUGCUUGCUAUCCAUAUCUGCGAGUAAAAUCGAGGAAAGAAACAAAAAGCAGAGUAGAAAAGAGAGCAAGAAUCGAACAUAUCUUGCUCGGAUCUCUCUGUUUUGUCCUUCUAGUAUAUUUGCCUACUCCUUGGCCUGUCCUCAUUUUCCGAACUAGCCAUCUUUUUUCCUAAAAGAACCUGCGCUAGAUUCACAUUAACAACCUCACAUUUGCAUUCUGUUUUCUGCUUUUGAUGCAAUCCCUAACUAACUACUGUAUUAAGUAGCAAACAUAUCACAUACGGAUCGAGGUCUCGAGCUCUGUCACCACUGAUGAACAUUCUGAAUAUGCUGCAAAUCGCAAUGCCGUUCUCUCUCUUUCAGCAAUGACCACUCGUCCAAUUUGAAGCACCGUUGCAGCAGCUGGUGGUUGAGCGUUUCGCUUCAGAGUUUGGUACGUAGAAAACAAACAAACAAUCGAACAAACGAACAGACAUCCGAUAAAUUUUCUCACGACAUGCUUUGACUUGAAACGUAAGGUAAGGCGAAUCAGGAUGUGCAGGGAGAUAGCUUCGUUUUCAGUCGUACCUACUGACUACUGACUGAAUGAAUGACAGGAUGAGCUUGUGUCGAGUGUGUAAAGAUUGCAAGAAAUGUAUAUUUAUGGUUGUGUGGAAGUUGUUUGCACAUAUCAAUCUUUGUUGUUUCGUACGCAGACUAACUACUACUACUACAAUUCAUCUGGUAACUGCACAACAAGAGUAAAGAGCUGCAGAUCAGAGGGAAAAUUGCCAGGACACCCUCGAAGGGAACCUUGCAAGUAAGCACUAAGCAGUAACGUGUGUGGUACCCAACUACCCAACUAGGCCUGUGAAUCUGCAGAAGUGGUUCGGAAUUCAGAACGAGAAGCAAGUGAAUCUGUUGCUCGUCGGUUGUAAGUUCAGAGUACUCGGUGUGUGCAACAUUCUAGCGAGAGGGGCUGGUGUCGGUCGGAUACUCUACUAGCUACAGUGAUUAUGACAUCAAAGUACGUACUAAACCUCGUAUAUACUAUUCAAGGUGUACUUUGCUGGAAGCAAAGCAUAAUUGGAUCCUAAUGAUUGCUUCAGUAAAGUAAAGGUAAAGCCCGCAAGUUGGCCAAAAGCUUAAUCCGGAACAGAGUAGUACUAAAUUCUGCUAGUAAUCGUCCGGCGAAAAUUUGUGCUAGCAAUGAACCGUGAGCAGGUGGAAGUCCAUAACGCAUGGUACAACUGAAAUGGGUGCCUCGGUAGUCCACAGCAACCAACUGCGGGUUGAAUAAGUGGCCUGUGGCCGCCUUCAGAGUUUCAGACAAACCUUCGUCAUCGUGCACACGCACGUAGCUUGCCCUGACAUGGGUUUACCCUGUUCGAAUAAGUUCACAUCAGGUCCUCAAUUUGUCGCCAAGUUCGAAAUUCAUCCCCACAUCCCCUACCUACAAAACCAUGCAAACGAGG